GUUGGGAUAAAUCAACCUGGCAGCCGUUUUAGGACCAGGCUGGUCUAGUUCAACAGCGUUCGAACGGCUAUGCCGCCGCCAAACUGAGAAACCAAUCAUUUUAAACGAAACCAGGGAGGGAAAUAGGUAAAUCAUAUCUUAUAAGAAGAGCGACUAACAAUGCAGAUCACACUAAAGACAUUGCAGCAACAAACUAUACAAAUUGAUAUAGAUCCCAACAAAACGGUGAAAGCCCUGAAGGAGGCGAUUGAAACCGAGAAAGGGAAAGAAGGGUUUCCUGUUUCAGGACAGAAAUUAAUCUAUGCCGGCAAGAUCCUACAGGAUGACACACCCAUUAAAGAAUACAAAAUAGAUGAGAAAAACUUUGUUGUGGUCAUGAUAUCUAAGGCUAAGUCCUCCCCUGCAGACAUUCAGUGCCCCACUGAAUCUCCCACGGCUCGCGUCCCAGAACCAGGCUUGUCGCCACCGGAGCCAACCCAUGCAGCAGUACCCAUUCCAGCCAAUGAGGACGUGUCCCCAAAUGAGCUUCCUCACACACAGAACCAGGGUCCUUCUGGGUCAGGCCCUGCUGAGACUGCUCCAGAGGAGGAUGUGUCCUUAGCCCUGGUGACUGAGCCAGUGUGCGAGUCCAUGGUGGCACAGAUUAUGUCCAUCGGGUACGAGAGAGAGAAAGUGGUGGCGGCUCUCAAGGCCAGCUUCAACAACCCUGACCGUGCCGUGGAGUACCUCCUCAUGGGGAUCCCCUGCACACCCAUUCAGGACAGCAGCCCUUCAGCAAGUAUUCCUACUGUUGAGGGAGAGAACCCUCGGCCACAGCUCCAGAACAUGAGGCAGCCAGCUGGGGAAGGCGGUGAGGGACCAGAGGCAAGGGAGCAAGGAGCCUCCGUGGAGGUCGCGCCAGAUAACUACAUCCAGGUCACGGCACAGGAGAAGGAAGCCAUAGAGCAGUUAAAAGCACUGGGGUUUUCAGAGGCGCUAGUGAUUCAGGCAUUCUUUGCUUGUGAGAAGAAUGAGAAUUUGGCUGCCAACUUCUUGCUCAACCAGACCUCUGAGGAAGAUUGAGACCCAAACGCCAACUCUCCUCCUGUCUUCAGUUCAAGCAUCAUAUCCAUGACCAGAGACAUUACUAUUUACUAUAGCCGGAGAGAAAAAAUGUUACUGAAAUUAUGGGGUGUUUGAGCAGAGGGGAGGUUGUUGUGAGGGUACCAUGAUACGAGGUGGGACUGAUAAAUAAUUAAAUCUAUUUAAAUUACAGUGGACACACAUGGAUUGCUGUCGGGGCCUUGGUGGAGAUAUGGGGGUUGCAGACUGGUAUAUAUGAACAUACACACCAGAGCUGUGUCUAACGGGAGAGACUCUUAUACAAUUGACUACUGACCAGGGCCAAAAAUGGUUACUCUGCAUUAACUGAACUAUCAUACAGUUUUGUUAUUUUAUUUAAUCUGCAGCAUGGUGUCUACCAGUGCAUUUGUUUUAGACCUGGUUGAGGGUUAUAAAAGAUAUUAGAAAAACAGUCGCAGCCUUUAUAGUGCCUCAAUUGAAGCAUAGUUAACUCUUGGAUUUAGUUUGCAGUGGCAGAACAUACGCAAGUUGGUGAUUUCCAUUUUUCUGUACUUUUUGUCCCAAGUUCUAAAUAAUUUGACUUAAGUCAUUCAACAACAACAAAAAGAUUAAUAAAAUGUCGUUAGAUGCUGCUCCCUGAAAUGUAGGCAUUUUGCCUGGUAUUAUUUAAUGCUUUUCUCACCUGAAAGAUUCAGGACUUCAUGAAUUUAUUUGGAUUGCACUUCUGUGAGCAUACCCUGCUGUGCAGAAUUGAGUCUAGUGGCCAGAAGACCUUGUGUAUCGCUCACUGUGCAGUAAAUGCACUUAGAAACGGGCCUUUGGUCCUGAGUUGUGCGCUGUUGAUUGAGGUUGGUUGACCAUAUCAAGGCUUUUAUUAUUAACACAAUGUAAUGGGAGAGAAUCAAACUUGAAAAUAAUAUUUGCUUGGUAAAGAGCUAUUUGUAGUUGUGCUCCUUGUAAGUAUCAGGGAACUUUCUAGAAACCACCUUUUUGAUCCUUCUUGUGAUCAGACACUGGCUUGUUUCUCAAAUCCUUAUUGGAGUAAUUUGCUUUUGGUUUGUGCUGUCAUUUUCAGGACUGUGUUUUGAGUUUUUAUUCCGACAAUAUUUUUGUUUUACCCAUCAACUGCUGGCAAGAUGCUAAACAGGACUCUGGAGAUCCUUGCCUCCAUGUAGAUAUGUUUUUAUAUCUGAUGGCAGGAUACAUCGAAGGGUAUUCUUUCUGGUUACUGUACAAGCAUACCAUUUUGGCAGUAAACACAAUAAAUACACAUAUCAUAUUUUGACUUCACUGCAGAAUUAUUAUUACAAUGGUUUAGCUUGUUACUGAACCAUUCUAAAUGCAAGGUUUAUAAUGGAAAAAAAUAAACUCUUGAUAAAUCA